AUGCAACUGGAGUGUGACAAAAUACAUGAUUUUCUCGUGGAAAAGCUCCCGCCGGCAUACCUUGGCACUAUUAAGAGGUCAGCCAAACAAUGGGACCAUCGAUUGAGUUAUGAGAGCCUAACACAAGGUGUAUCGCCCCUAAAAGACUCUGCUAAAACGGUCAAUCCGUCAGCAAUAAUCCCACUAGGCACAGGAAGACCAACCUCGCUAUACUAUCCCUGGCAAUCCAUGACUAUGACUGAAACUGAAGAGAGCCGUCAAUCUCGAGCCUUGAACCCAACAAACCCCAUGGAAUGCCAAAAGGGGGAGACAGCGUUUGAUCUUUCUUCUGCUUUAAACUAUGCCGAACCUUCAGGUUGGAGUCAACUGGUUUCUUGCUUUCGGGAAAACACCGGUCUCAUUCACAACCCUCCUUAUCAAGACUGGGAUACGACGCUUACGUGUGGGUCAACUUCUGCUAUCGAAAUAGCCUUACGCAUGUUUUGCAACCGGGGUGAUUGGAUCUUGACUGAAAGUUUUACAUAUCCCGGCACGCUUAUGGCAGCAAGAGCUCAAGGACUGAAGACGCAGGGUAUCGAAAUGGAUGAUGAUGGCCUGGUACCAGAAGAUUUGGACACCAAGCUUCGAUGCUGGGACACAUCACGGGGCCGCAAGCCCUUCCUCUUGUAUAUGAUUCCGUCUGGGCACAAUCCAACAGGCAUAACCCAGUCCACCGCACGCAAGAACGCAAUCUACCAAAUUGCGGAGCGGCAUGAUUUGUUGAUCCUUGAAGACGAUCCGUACUUCUUCCUGCGGCUCAAUGAAUCCUCUAAGCCAUUGGAUAACCAGCCCACUUUCUCUCGAUUUGACAAACUGCAAAAAUCACUGCCCACGUCGUAUCUAUCUCGUGACAAAUCCGGGCGUGUCAUCCGUGUGGAAUCUACAUCUAAGAUUUUCGCUCCGGGUCUCCGAUGCGGCUGGCUAACAGCCAGCAAGCAAAUCGUCGAUAUAUUCGGCAACUUUGCCGAAGUAGGGCCAUCAUCACCUAGCGGUCCAUCGCAAGUAAUGUUGUACAAGCUGCUUGUUGAAAAAUGGGGCCAAGAAGGCUUCGCUGACUGGCUGAACUAUUUGUCAGGAGAGUAUAGAGUGAGAAGAGACGCUAUGAUUGCUGCGUGCGAAAAGCAUCUGCCCGAGGAGUUGUGUACAUGGACGACACCAACGCAUGGCAUGUUCUUGUGGAUCACUGUGGAUUUAGAGAGGUAUCUGGACUGUGCGGAGAAGAGGACAGAGCAGCAGUGCCGGGCCGUUGAAGACAGGAUCUCCGAACGCGCGGAGAAUAACGGGGUGCUCGUUGCAAGGGGAAGUUGGUUCAAUGUUCAGAGUUUUACAAGCAAGAUAUUCUUCAGGAUGACGUUCGUUGCUACGGCUUCGCAGGAUAAUCUCGAACAGGGUGUUGCGCAGUUUGGUAGAGCUGUGAAAGACGAGUUUAGCUCACCCAAGGCAUAG